GAAGCAUUAAAAAUAAGAAAGGAACACGUCAGAAAGACCCCUACACGGUAGACAAAAUACUCACUUGUUUCCUUACAGCAAGACUGAAUCGAAAGCUGCCAAAGAGCCCCAUAAAGAAAAGACUAAAAGGGAGAAAGAACAAGAAACACAAGAAGAGGAACAUUUGAUGGAAGAAAAGAAAAAGAAAAAGCAGGAAGAAAAGAAAAAGAAGGAAGGUGCUCAGAAAAAGGCUGCUGAACAAAAAACCAAAGUGCCAGAACAUAUUAAGACCAGUUUAAGCCAGCCCCAACCUGCCGGUACCGGUACCAGUACUUCCACCAGCACUCUCACCAACAGCAGCAAUGGCAAGCGCGCAUCUGCCAACGGGCAGCAGCCUGCGGCGUCCCGCUACCUGCCCCGAGAGGUGCCUCCCCGCUUCCGCCAGCAGGAGCAGAAGCAGCUCCUAAAGCGGGGGCAGCCACUGCCCACCGGGGCUCUCGGUGCCCCCGGCCCAGCGCCGGGCACGGCAGCAGCAGCGGGAGCCAGCCCUCCUCCUCCUCCUCCUCCUCCUCCUCCUCAGCAGGGAGCAGCGGCACAGCAGCAGCAGCAUCCCGGCAAGGCGCAGCCAGAUCUCAGCCACAGUGGAUUGGGAGACCAUUAUGAGAAUUCCCACUGGGGACAGCAGCCCGCUUUCAGGAGUGAAGGCAACUGCAGCUGGGAUAAAGUGAUAAUAGACAGGACUGACAAGGAAGCGUGGCCUUCCAUUACCGGAGCUGAGACUGAGUCUGCCUCAGAAUGUACUACAGACACUGACUCUGCCUCCAACUGUGGCUCAGAGAACAGUAGCAUGGCUACAGGGAGUGCCCAAGGCAACUUCACUGGACAUACAAAGAAAACUAAUGGCAAUAAUGGCGCCAACGGAGCACUCGUCCAAAGCACUUCUAACCAGAGUGCCCUUGGAGCUGGUGGAGCCAACGGCAACGGCAGCUCGGCCAGGGUGUGGGGGGUGGCUGCGGGCUCCAGCUCUGGCCUAGCUCACUGCUCUGCCAGUGGUGGGGAUGGAAAGAUGGACAACAUGAUGGGAGACGGUAGAAGUCAGAACUGCUGGGGUGCUUCCAACUCGAAUGCUGGCAUUAAUCUUAACCUUAACCCUAAUGCCAAUCCAGCUGCCUGGCCUGUACUUGGACAUGAAGGAACUGUGGGAGCAGGCAACCCUUCCAGUAUUUGCAGUCCAGUCAGUGCCAUAGGUCAGAACAUGGGCAACCAGAAUGGGAACCCAACAGGCACCUUAGGUGCUUGGGGAAACUUGCUGCCGCAAGAGAGCACAGAACCACAAACGUCCACUUCUCAGAAUGUGUCUUUCAGCGUACAACCUCAGAACCUUAACACUGAUGGACCAAAUAACACUAACCCCAUGAACUCUUCACCAAACCCUAUCAAUGCAAUGCAGACAAACGGACUGCCGAACUGGGGGAUGGCCGUGGGCAUGGGGGCCAUCAUCCCGCCCCACCUGCAAGGCCUUCCUGGUGCUAACGGGACUGCGGUUUCUCAAGUCAGCGGGGGCAGUGGUGAAGGAAUGGGCAGUUCAGUAUGGGGGAUGUCCCCGGGUAAUCCUGCCACAGGAAACAGCAAUUCUGGGUUCAGUCAGGGGAAUGGAGACACUGUGAACUCAGCAUUAAGUGCUAAACAAAACGGAUCCAGCAGCGCUGUGCAGAAGGAAGGAAACGGAGCGAACGCGUGGGACUCGGGGCCUCCCUCUGGUCCUGGGGUCCUGGCUUGGGGCAGGGGCGGUGGCGGGGUUGGCAGUGUGCAUUCUGGAGCCUGGGGCCACCCCAACCGCAGCGCCAGCAACGGCGUCAACGGCGAGUGGGGCAAGCCCCCAAACCAGCAUUCCAAUAGCGACAUCAAUGGGAAAGGAUCAACAGGGUGGGAUAGCUCGAGUGUUACCAGUCCCAAUCCUGCCAUGCAGCAGGGCAAUGAACAAAUGAACUCUUGGGCCAAAGCUGCGGCAUCUGGCACCACGGCUAGUGAAGGAAGCAACGACAGCGGUGGGAGUCAAAAUGAAGGCAGUACUGGGAGGGAGGGGGCUGGAGAGGGCAGGAGGAGAGACAAAGGGAUGAUAGACCAAGGGCAAGUUCAGUUGCCAAGAAAUGACCUUGACCCCAGGGUCCUGUCCAAUACGGGGUGGGGACAGACCCCUGUGAAGCAAAACACUGCCUGGGAAUUUGAAGAGUCCCCAAGGUCUGAACGGAAGAAUGACAAUGGAACUGAGGCCUGGGGUUGUGCAGCUACUCAAUCUUCAAACUCAGGGGGGAAGAACGAUGGGUCCAUCAUGAACAGUACAAAUACCUCUUCAGUAUCUGGGUGGGUCAACUCUCCACCGGCAGCUGUUCCAACAAAUACAGGUUGGGGAGACAAUAACAACAAAGCACCAAAUGGCCCAGGGGGGUGGGGAGAGUCAGCAAGCUCUACUACUGUUAAUAAUGCUGCUGCUGCCAAAAGCGGCCACACUUGGAGUGGGACCGCAAAUCAGGAGGACAAAUCACCUACCUGGGGUGAACCUCAGAAACCCAAAUCUCAAAACUGGGGAGAUGGACAGAAAUCAAAUCCAAGCUGGACUUCAGGAGGUGGAGACUGGACAGAUUCAUCAUCUGCUCCUGGACACUUGGGUGAUGGGAAGAAGAAUGGAUCUGGAUGGGAUUCUGACAAUAGAUCGGGGUCUGGCUGGAAUGAUUCCACAAAGUCUGGGACCAGUGGGUGGGGGAAUGGCACAAACAGCAAGGCUAAUACAGGUACAAGUUGGGGGGAAUCUUUAAAGCCAGGCCCCCAACAAAAUUGGGCUAAUAAACCCCAGGACAACAAUGUGAGUAACUGGGGAGGAGCUGCUUCUGUAAAACAGACGGGGUCAGGGUGGGUUGGUGGGCCAGUGCCAGCCAAACAAAAAGAGAACUGUGAGGCAACUGGCUGGGAAGAGCCAUCUCCACCGUCCAUUCGCCGCAAGAUGGAAAUCGAUGAUGGUACCUCAGCUUGGGGCGACCCAAAUUACAACAACAACAAGACUGUAAACAUGUGGGAUAGAAAUAAUCCUAUAAUUCAGAGCAGUACCACAACCAACACCACCACCACUAGCACCAUUAUCAACACCAACAUGGUUGAACCUCAGCCAUCGCACCAGUCAAGUGCCCAGCCGAACCGGUCCCCGCUGCUUGGCCCAGCAGGCUGGGGAGAGAUGCCUGCUGUCCACACCAAGAGUGAAGCUUCCUGGGGAGAGCCUUCCUCCCCUUCUGCUGCAGUUGAUAAUGGCACUUCAGCCUGGGGGAAGCCCCCCAGCAGUGGGACCGGGUGGGGAGAGAAUCCUGCCGAGCCUGCAGGGACCUAUGGAAGAACAAAUGCUCCAGCUGCUGCCCCAGCACUGUGCAAACCAGCUUCAAAAUCUAUGCAAGAAGGCUGGGGCAGUGGUGGGGAUGAUGUGAAUCUCAGUACUAGUCAGUGGGAAGAUGAAGAAGGAGAUAUGUGGAAUAAUACUGCUUCACAAGAGAGCAGCUCCUCCUGUAAUUCCUGGGGGAAUGCCCCGAAGAAAGGACUUCAAAAGCCCAAAACAAAUCCGCGCUUGUCCCUUGGUACUUUCUGGAGAACUGAAAAGAAGAGACUUCUUAAGGAUAUUGUGAUAGAAAAGCUGCACAAAGAUCUUUUAAAGGGCAUGAAGACAUCUAGCAAGCAGGAUGAGGCCUGGAUCAUGAACCGUCUGAUAAAACAGCUCACAGACAUGGGCUUCCCUAGAGAGCCAGCGGAAGAGGCCUUGAAGAGCAACAGUAUGAAUCUUGAUCAGGCCAUGAGUAAGUAUCUGUGUGCUCUGCUGGAAAAGAAGGUGGAAAUGGACAAGCGUGGAAUGGGAGUGACCGACUAUAAUGGAAUGGUCACCAAACCCCUUGGCUGCCGCCCACCACCAAUCUCCAAAGAGUCUUCCAUGGACCGCCCCACCUUCCUUGACAAGCUCACCCUUUCUUUCUCCAAUCAGGAUGGCGGCCUAGUGGAAGAGCCCACUACUUCACCAUUUUUGCCUUCACCAAGCCUGAAGCUCCCCCUUUCAAACAGUGCACUCCCUAAUCAGACCCUGGGCGGGAUUGCCUCAGGGCUGGGCAUGCAAAACUUGAAUUCUUCUAGACAGAUACCGAGUGGCAAUCUGGGUAUGUUUGGCAAUAGCGGAGCAGCACAAGCCAGGACCAUGCAACAGCCGCAGCAACCGCCAGUGCAACCUCUUAAUUCAUCCCAGCCUAGUCUUCGUGCUCAAGUGCCUCAGUUUCUAUCCCCUCAGGUUCAAGCACAGCUUUUGCAGUUUGCAGCAAAAAACAUUGGUCUCAGCCCUGCACAGUUAACCUCGCCAAUUAAUAAUCCUCAGCAUAUGACGAUGUUGAACCAGCUCUAUCAGCUGCAGCUGGCGUACCAACGUUUACAAAUCCAGCAGCAGAUGUUACAGGCUCAGCGUAACGUUUCCGGACCCAUGAGACAACAGGAGCAGCAAGUUGCACGUACAAUCAAUAACAUGCAGCAGCAGAUCCAGCAGCACCAGCGCCAGCUGGCCCAGGCCCUGCUUAUGAAGCAGCAGCCUCCCCCUCCACAUCUAUCUUUGCACCCCUCUGCAGGCAAAUCAGCCAUGGAUAGCUUUUCACCCCAUCCCCAGGCUCCCGGCCUUCCUGACCUGCAGACCAAAGAGCAACAGUCUUCACCGAACACCUUUGCUCCUUACCCUCUUGCUGGACUGAACCCGAACAUGAAUGUAAAUAACAUGGACAUUACUGGUGGUUUGUCAGUGAAGGACACUUCUCAGUCCCAGUCUCGCCUUCCUCAGUGGACACACCCCAACUCAAUGGAUAAUCUGUCUAGUGCUGCUUCUUCUCUUGACCAGAACUCCAGCAAGCACGGUGCUAUCCCUGGAGGUUUGAGUAUUGGUCCUCCGGGCAAGUCCUCCCUCGAUGACUCCUACGGCCGCUAUGAUCUGAUGCAGAACAGUGAGUCUCCUGCCAGCCCACCUGUAGCUGUUCCUCACAGCUGGUCACGUGCCAAAUCCGAUAGUGAUAAGAUUUCCAAUGGCUCCAGCAUAAACUGGCCACCAGAGUUUCACCCAGGAGUGCCAUGGAAAGGACUGCAGAAUAUUGAUCCUGAAAAUGACCCCGAUGUUACUCCUGGCAGUGUUCCAACUGGGCCUACCAUAAACACCACGAUACAGGAUGUGAAUCGCUAUCUGCUCAAGAGUGGAGGGUCAUCCCCAACAUCAUCUCAGAAUGCCACGCUGCCUUCAUCGAGUGCCUGGCCGCUUAGUGCCUCCGGCUACAGUAGCUCUUUCAGCAGCAUUGCAUCUGCACCUAGCAUUGCAGGUAAACUGUCAGACAUCAAGUCCACGUGGUCCUCUGGCCCAAUCUCUCACACCCAAGCCUCUCUGUCCCACGAACUCUGGAAGGUACCCAGAAACACUACAGCUCCAACCAGACCUCCUCCAGGCUUAACCAACACCAAGCCAUCCUCCACGUGGGGUGCCAGUCCCCUGGGCUGGACCAGCUCUUCUUACUCCUCUGGUUCUGCAUGGAGUACUGACAGCUCAGGGAGAACAAGCAGCUGGCUGGUUCUUCGGAACCUCACCCCCCAGAUCGAUGGCUCCACGCUGCGCACGCUGUGUCUGCAGCACGGCCCCCUCAUCACAUUCCACUUGAACCUGACCCAAGGCAAUGCUGUGGUCCGAUACAGUUCCAAGGAGGAAGCAGCCAAGGCCCAGAAGUCUCUGCACAUGUGUGUCCUGGGCAACACCACCAUCCUGGCGGAGUUUGCUGGUGAGGAGGAGGUGAACCGGUUCCUGGCGCAGGGGCAGGCGCUGCCGCCCACCUCCAGCUGGCAGUCCAACACUGGAUCCACGCCCGGCCGCCUGGGCUCCUCGGGCAGCUCCCACGGGCUGGUGCGCCCCGACGCCGGCCACUGGAACCCCCCGUGCCUGGGGGGCAAGGGCAGCAGCGACCUGCUCUGGGGGGGGGUGCCCCAGUACUCCAGCAGCCUUUGGGGACCCCCCAGCGCCGACGAUGGAAGGGUCAUCGGGAGCCCCACGCCCCUCAACACCCUCCUGCCGGGGGAUCUGCUCAGCGGGGAGUCCAUCUAGGAGACACGGUGGAAGUAACAAUCAUCAGCACUAAAGGAGAACAGAGAAUUUAAAAAAAAAUUAAAAAAAAAAAAAAAAAUUUAAAAAAUGGUAACCCUUUCCAGUCCCGGGCUUGAUGAAGAAUCCAGCUUUAACCCAUGAGACUGGCAGCCCUCCUUAGUACCUCUGUCCAAUAUUGAAUCUGAAACUGCAGAAGUCCUUGUGAACUGUUCCUGAAACAGUAUGGGCUCCUUUGGUCAGUGUCACAUGCUAAUGACAGGUUUUACUUUUUUCAUGGCUUUUUUUUUUUUUUGUUUUGUUUUAUGUCGUCUUUUUAUGUUUGUAUGGUGAUUUUUCAAAACCAAGUAUAAAAGCUGCUUAGAAUAGGUCUAUCAUGAAGGGCACUUUUCAGAAUUUGGGCUGGAAAGGGUUAUUUUAUCAACUUGGGGGGGUGGGAAGGGGAAAUGAAAGCCUAUUUAAAUGAGCCUGUGACUAUUAUGCACAUUACAGAGGCGGACCCAAUAAUCAGAAAGGGUGAAGUGUGAUAUUUUACCAUUGGUACAGAAAAGUGACGAUUCCCAGUGACAACUCUGGACUGUACAGGUUGAGAGGGGGGGAGGGAGGGCAGGGUUGGGGUAUCUCUGUGUCCACUACUCCCAUGGAUCUGCCUAUGCACAUUACCCUUGUUUCAUUACUUUUUCAUGUCAUUUUUUUAAUCCCAAAAAAUAUAAAAAGUAAAAAAAAAGAAUAAAAAAAAACAACAAAGAAAGAAAAAAAAAUACUUAAAAAAAAAAAAGCAACAAACCAUAUCAACAUGCAAAUACUUGAAUCCAGCAGGCCAAUAACAAAAUGUGAACACUUUCUGAGUUGAAUUAUUACACUUCCAGGUCAGCAUCAGUACACAAAAAACAGGCUCUAAGAAUUUUGUUUUUUAAAAGUUCAGACUCUAUGUUUUUGUUGGGACAGAUGUGAGUGUGAGUGUGUGAGUGUGUGUGUGUGUGUGCCCACGUGUGGUUUAACUCAACGUGUGAAGUUUUUUCCUUUGGUUCAGUAUAUGCUUUUUAUUUGCUCAUUGGUCAAAUGUUUAAUUGUUAUUAGCUUCUAACUUUGCACUGAGUGUCCGCAGCCCUUCUUGUAGCUAAUCCUGUAAUGGUAAAAACACACAAAAAACAAAAAAAGACAAAAAAAAAAGGAAAUUUAAAAAAAAAAAAAGGAAAGAAACUGAUAGAAGGGGCCGGCGACAAUUCACGUGUAAAUGUUUACUCAAGGACUCUUAUUGCAUUUUAAAAUUACAGUGUGUAUCUCUGGAGAAUAAUAUGUAUAUCUACCUUUAGCGGCUUUUUAUUGUGGACUAAUGCAAGAAAAUUAUUACCGGAGUAUUGCACCAUUUUUCCAUUCGGAAUAUAAAGUUUAAAAAAAAAAAUACUCUUGUUGAACUGUGGCCAUAGAUAAUUGUAAAGAGUUGAUAGUUCCCUUGCAAGCAGGAACAGAAACAAGCACUUGGACAUGAGUUUUGACUGCUUUUGGAGGAGCCAGGAGUUUUGGCUCCCACCUGUUUACAGACCUUUUUUUCUCCUUCAAACUUUAAAAUAAAAAAAAAGGAAUUUAAAAAAAAAAAAAAAAAAAAAAAAAAAAA